AUGAAGCUACAACUUUUGAUCAUUAGUGUUUUUAAGUUUUUGGUUCUAACCAAUCAAAUGGAAGAGGAAAAGCAGCCGUUGACAACAGGAGGACCUGACUUUGAUCUAGACUACUUCUAUUCCAUUCACGAUCCCGACGCAACAUAUGGCUAUGACAAUGGAGAUGCUGCUCCCUGCAGUCUAUCUCCGCCUGGAUUUAAUAGCUUGGGCCUGACGAUCACCUACUUUGUCGUGUUUGUUUUCAGCGUGGUGGGAAACAGUGUAGUUGUCUGUGUGGUUAGUUUUAUGAAGAAAGGUAGAGCCAGCACAGAUAUCUACCUGAUGCACCUGGCGAUGGCAGACCUUCUCUUCAGUCUCACCCUCCCGUUCUGGGCCAUCAACGCUUAUUCCGGUUGGAUCUUCGGCAACUUCCUGUGCAAACUCCUGUCUGGCUUCCAGGAGGCAUCCGUAUACGGCGGCGUCUUCCUUCUGGCGUGCAUCAGUGUGGACCGUUUCUUUGCCAUAGUGAGAGCUACACGUGUCAUGCACUCCCAUCACCUGUUGGUGAAAGUGGUGUGCAGUGUGGUGUGGCUGGUGGCUGCAGUGCUUUCCUUACCCGUGGCGAUUCAAAGGGAACAAAUCUAUGCUCCAGACCAGGGGAGGAACAUGUGCUAUGAAAACCUAACUGGUGAAAGCAGCAACCACUGGCGUGUUGGCAUCCGUGUCCUGCGUCAUACAAUGGGCUUUUUCCUGCCACUGAUGGUGAUGGCUGUCUGCUACGGCUGGAUUCUGGUCAGGCUGUGUCACACCCGUAAUCAACAAAAACAUAGGUCCAUAUGCCUCAUCCUGGCAGUGGUGUUAGCAUUUGUUUUGUGCUGGCUGCCUUAUAACAUCGCUGUACUGAUUGGCACGCUCAUAGAAGGAGAGACGCUCAAAGUGAAAAAGACAUGUGAAACUAAUUACAAAGUGGAAGUGGUGCAAGAUGUGACCCAAGUGUUGGCCUUCAUGCACUGUGCAGUGAAUCCAUUGCUGUACGCCUUCAUUGGGCAGAAGUUCCGUAACCAGCUGCUCUCAGCUCUUUACAAAUAUGGACUCAUCAGCAAGAGGUUCAAGUUAGCCUACAUGAAGGGCUCUGUCAACAGUGCAGGGAGCUUCAGAUCCAGAAACACUUCUGCUACAAUGUAA